GCUGCCUGACAAGUUCAUGACGAUGCUCAACGGUUGUGAACCCCAGAAAGUGAAGCCGUGGGAGGCUGAGAGUGGGAAUCGCAUGCUGUGGGACAUGCUGGUGGUGUUCAAUACCGACGACCACAUGUACCUAGGAUGCAGCUAGGAGUAUUUCGCCCGCGCCCACCCCACGACCUGCAGCUCGAACACUUACUUGUCUUCCGCCACGAAGAUAAAGCCGUGCUCACCGUGAAGGUGUUCGACGGGGCCAUGUGCCGCAGGCACUACCGGCACGACUGUGACGCCAGAAAUUGGAGCAGCAGCGGGGAUGACAAGGAGCAGAGUGGGGAAGAAGAGGAGCAAAGUAGGGAUGACGAGGAGCGGAGUGGGGAAGACGAGGAGCCGAGUGGGGAAGAAGAGGAGCACAGCGCACGGGGGGGGGGGGGGGGGGAGGGGGGUGGAGCCUAUUCUGGCUGA